AUGUUCUCCCCUCCCCCUUCCCCCGGCUUACCAGCUCUGGUACCCCGACCACGGAAAUCAGCUACCGGACCGAGACCGAGUCGAGUUCUCCGAGUUGCCGCAUGGAUCCUUGGUGGUUUAGCGCUGGUCUCUUUUGUCGUGAGGGCUCUUGUAAAGAAGGAAGUACUAGUACCUGUCGUUGGAUGGGCUUUGGACAACCAUGAAGAGUAUGAAAUGGUUGGCCAGUAUGACUUGCCUGACUUCCCCACGCCCAUCGCUGUUACGGACAAAAAAGGCAGAUCCAAGUGGACAGUAUCCAUACCACCUGCAUAUAACUUCCCCUUAACCACCAAAGAGUAUUCGGAUAUCUGCAUCAAAUGCCAAGAAGUGGCAACCCACGUCAGAGAGCUACACGGUCACACAAAGCCUUCCCAAGAGACUCAGCUAGAUUACUAUUACGAGGAUCCCUACUUUGUCGAUGUUGGUGACGCCGAAAAACGAGGACUCCUACCGGGAGUGGGGAAAGCAUGGAAAGUGACGGCGCAAGCUCAAGAUGGUCAUUUAGUAGGGGACGAGGCGGACGGAUUAGCGGAUAAGAGCGCUUGCAAGACGUCUUUAACAUUCGUUCUCGAGUCGGCCGAUGCUGGACUGGGUCCUACUUUGAUGAUGUUGUGGAUGGCGUAUGGUCUGGCCCAGAAGGAAAAGCGAGCUUUUUUUAUUGAUGAUUCCCGGUGGGCAUAUGGCGAUUAUACUACCAUCUUUAAGGCGCCACCGACGCCUGACUGCAGCGCGCCGCCGCGCCACGAGAUGCUGCCGUGUCCCCACAGCGCGCGACACCUGAUCGUAUCAACGGCUACUGCAUCCGAAACUUUUGGCAAGAGCUUUAAUUCCGAGUACGAAAAUCUUCGUCGAAGCAACGUCUAUCGAGAACGGCCAAUAUACGACCUUGCUCGAGUUGGAUACGAGGCUCUUUUCCGUUUAAAUGAUGAGGAUCAACCCUACGUAGACCGCCGCGUCAAGGAGCUGAGGACAAUGGUCAAAGUUAGAGAGGGAAGCUACAAUGACGGCAUGAUCAUCGGUAUUCAUAUUCGACAUGGCGAUUUGCACCCAUACGAGUACCAGUAUAAUGGCGCGUACAUCCCUCUGAACCUCUACGCGCUAAAAUCCAAGGAGCUUAUCGAACAGUACCAUAACUCCAGUACUCUCCUUGGAGGUGAGGACCCGAUAGCCAAACAGCACUCGUUCUCCAUCAUUGCGUCAGACGACCCAGACGUCUACGAAACAGAAGAGUUCUCGGGCUCUCUGAGAGCACAAGAACAAAUCCAGCUCGCCAGCAAGCAACACAUCCAAAAGCUAAACCCAGAUAAGUCGGUGAUGCACAAGUUCGUGGACGAGACUUUCGGCUGGGAGGGCGGAUUCUUCGCGAGCAUGUUCUGGAAUCUGGGCCACACCACGACAGCGCCUCAACCGUCGGCGGAAACCAUGCGGCUUAGAGGGCUUAUGGGACGGGCCUACGCGAUGGACCUAGCUGUCUUGGGCCAGGCUAGCGACGCUGUUAUUUGCACUAUCAGCGCAAUGGGAUGUCGAUUGCUGGCUGUGAUCAUGGGCUGGGAAAAAGCAAUGGAAGAAGGAAAAUGGGUCAACAUCGACGGGGAUUAUCAAUGGGCUGCAUUAACACUAUGA